CGUAAACAUUAUAAGAACAGAAUUUUUGAUCAUGGUUUCGUUAAACAUACAAGAUAAAUUCACAAUCAACAAAAUAAAUUGAAGAGUAUACCAUUCAUUGUUUAAUAAUACUAGAAAAGGUCAAAUCCUCCAAGUAUACAGAGUCGAUCAAACAACAAGUAAUGGAAAAACAAACUCACCCACAUAACACAAGUGGCGAAGAAUUUUCCGAUAAUGAAGGCUGCGUUUACGAAAAUGAUUCUUACGAAAGUAUCCUAGAUGGAGUCUACAGUAACGAAUAUAUAUAUGACUCUGAGAUGACCAUCCAAAAUAAAUAUCAAACAAAACACGAAGUUAAUCACGUCAAUGUGGAUGACAGUCGUUACGGGGUUUAUAGACGUCCAAUUAAAGUAGGGAGUAAAAGAUUUUCAUACAAUCAUCUUUCAAAAGACAAACCAGGUAUUCAGAAAAAAGGACAAGAAGAUAAUUAUCAUGCCGAAGAUCGUAAAGCAAAACGAAUGGACUGGAACGAUUACCAACGCCUAGAUGUUAUACAUUCGUUCUUAGAUGAGUUGGAAUACGACUAUCCUUCCAUAUGCACAGUGGGAACAAUUGGUUUAUCUCGAGAAGACAGAAAUCUGAAGAUUCUUAAAGUAUCUAACAGCGACGCUCACAACCCAGCUGUAUGGUUGGACGCAGGUAUUCACGCCCGAGAAUGGAUCGCGCCGGCGGUCGCCACUUACAUCGCCAACCACAUCGUCCGCAACUUCAGCUCUCUGCCGUCCAGCAUAACGAAUAAGGACUGGUAUUUCCAUCCGGUUGUAAAUCCUGAUGGAUACGAAUAUUCUCACACCGUUGAUAGGAUGUGGAGGAAAAAUAAAGCCUAUAUUGGAGGAAAACUGGUCGGGGUGGAUCUCAAUAGGAAUUUCAGUUAUGGCUGGGGAGGCAAAGGCUCGUCGGAGACUCCUACCAGCGUGUUCUAUCGAGGUCCAGAACCGUUCUCAGAACCUGAAUCCUGUGCUGUCAGGGACGUGCUUCUUUACUCUGGCAUUCCGUUUAAAGUAUAUAUAACUCUACAUAGUUAUGGCCAAAUAAUUUUAUUCCCGUUUGCCUAUAAAGAUGAACUUUGUCCCGACUACGUACGGCUCUUAGAAGGGGCAACUGUAAUGUCAAAGGCUAUCCACGAAAGCAGUGGAAACACAUACAAGGUGGGACUAUCCAGGGAUGUAAUGUACGGAGCGGCUGGCACUAGUAAUGACUUCAGUUACGGGGUAGCUAAAAUACCGUACUGCUAUCUUCUAGAACUGAGAAGUAAGAAACAUAAGUUCAGAUUACCUAAAGAAGAAAUAGAAGAGACGGGGAACGAAAUACUAAGCUGUAUAAAGGCUUUAAUGGAGUUUAUAGACGAGAAAUCUGCAACUGAAAAAACUGAAUAUGACUAUACUGUGUCAUUCUUUGUAAAUAUUUCGACCCAAAAUCUAAAUUUCAGUGACAAAAUCUCCUACAAACAAAAUAAUUCAUAUCGCAUAUCCUUAAACUUUUCCAAAGUGGCGGUAAAUCAAGUGUGGGAAAUUAAAUUUACUCACGAAGGACAGAGAUACUUUAUCAAAACCCUAGACACAGCUGGAGCAAUAAAUAUUUGGAAAGAGGAGAGAAGCACAAUGGACAUUAUGGUCGAGAGUCCCCAUGCCGCUCAGGUCGCUGGGCUGCUGAACGAAAGAGAUAUCCCAUACAGCAUAGCUAUCAGUGACGUUAGAACUCUGAUUGAAAGGGAACAGGGGAAUACUUUAAAAAAGAACCUAAAUUCCUCCAAAGGUGCAAUGGAUUGGAAGAACUAUCACCGUCUUGAUGUUAUUUACUCUUUUAUGGAUGACUUGGCAGCACAGUACCCAUAUUUAUGUACUGUUAACGUUAUUGGCAAGUCGGCGGAGGGAAGAGACUUACGGAUGUUAAAAAUAUCAAAUGGCAAUAACGAAAAUAUGGGAGUUUGGUUGGAUGGAUCCAUUCAUCCCCGCGAGUGGGUGAGCACAGCUGUCGUGACGUACUUCGCUGACCGGCUCGUAAGAAGCUUUCACGAACAACCAGACAGCGUGACUAAUAAAGACUGGUAUAUUCUGCCGGUUUUAAAUCCCGAUGGUUACGAGUACACACACACACAUGACAGAAUGUGGCGUAAAAACAGAAAUCGUUACGGCGAGUGUGUUGGUGUGGAUCUAAACAGAAACUUCAGUUAUGGUUGGGGCGAAAAGGGCGAAGAAGGAUCAUCAGAGGACCCAGGCAAUAUAUUUUAUAGAGGUCCAAAACCGUUUUCUGAACCUGAAACUGCUGCUUUGAAGCGCGUCAUAUUGGAUGAAUCAGCAAAAUUCGAGGUGUUUCUAUCGUUCCACAGCUAUGGUGAAGUGAUAAUAUUCCCAUGGGGUUAUACUGCGGAUCCAUGUCCCGAUUACGUAGAGCUUUUGGAAGGGGGAACAGCUAUGGCGAAGGCAAUCUUCGAUACAAGCGGUCAUACUUACAAAGUUGGCAGCACAAAGGACCUUAUGUACUUCGCUGCCGGGACCAGCACUGACUGGAGCUACGCCGUCGCUAAUAUAAAAUAUUCGUACAUGAUAGAACUGAGAGGUAAGCAGCAUAGAUUUCUGCUGCCUAAAGAACACAUCAUAGAAACAGCGACUGAAGUCAUGAACGGUGUGUUGAGACUCAUGGAUUUCGUUGACCGACGAUGCAGAAGUACGCAGGCCUGUGUUUGUCCAAAAUAAAUAUAUUGAAAACAAUAUCUUAACUAGCCCUCUAUAAGAUAUAAAUUUGAUUAUUUUAUAAAUUUUUACAAUAUUUGAAUGUAAAUAUUAUAUAAUAAAGAAAUUGUAUUAUAAAUUAUCAUCUCAUAUACGAUAUACCAAAAAUAUAA